GGGACUGGGUGCCUGGUGCCGCCGGGGUUUGUGGUUGAGGAGGUCGGGGGUACGCCACGGGUCCCGGGAAGAUGGUGCUGGGUGGUUGCCCGGUGAGUUACUUACUUCUGUGCGGCCAGGCGGCGUUGCUGCUGGGGAAUCUACUUCUGCUGCCUUGCGUCUCUCGGAGCCACUCGUACAACGCUACGGCGGAGCCGGAGCUUACUUCCGCUGGCGCCGCCCACCCGGAGGUCUCCGCCGGUGCUCCGAGCUGGGAAUAUGGCGACCCCAACUCUCCAGUCAUCCUCUGCUCUUACCUACCUGAUGAAUUCAUAGAAUGUGAAGACCCAGUGGAUCAUGUUGGAAAUGCAACUGCAUCCCAGGAACUUGGUUAUGGUUGUCUCAAGUUUGGUGGUCAGGCCUACAGUGAUGUGGAACACACGUCAGUCCAGUGCCGGGCCCUAGAUGGAAUUGAGUGUGCCAGUCCUAGGACCUUCCUACGAGAGAAUAAACCUUGUAUAAAAUAUACUGGACACUACUUCAUAACCACUCUACUGUACUCUUUCUUCCUGGGAUGUUUUGGAGUGGAUCGUUUCUGUCUGGGACACACUGGCACAGCAGUAGGGAAGCUAUUGACACUUGGAGGACUUGGGAUUUGGUGGUUUGUUGACCUUAUAUUACUUAUUACUGGAGGGCUGAUGCCAAGUGAUGGCAGCAACUGGUGCACUAUUUACUAAAAAGAGCUGCUGUUAUUGCCCAAAGAGGCAAGUCUGAAUUCAUCUCUACAGGCUCAAAACUCUUCCUUGAUAUCAGACCUGACCAUUACUUGCCAUCUUUGGAGGGAAUGGGUUUGGUUAGGAAGGUUUCUUUGGACUGUGGAUUUUCAGCCCAAAUUUUACCUUGCUGACUAGAAAUGACAAGCAAACACUGCUGUGGGAACCAAGUUUAUACCUUUUCUCAUGUACAAAAUAUAAAAGCUAGCAACUAACUCACAAGCUGCGGAAGGGUUUCUAUACCCUUUGUUUCUGUCCAUGGCUAUAUCUUCAAUCCUUUGGAGCAAGUGGACCCAACAGGAUGAACGAAGUGAAUAUUUUUAUUGGCCUUGUGCCUUUUGUGACCCUGAGUCUCAUGCACAGGAGAACUGAAGCUGAAACAAUGAAAAUCUUCAACAGAAGUAGAACUGGCCAUGGAUUUUAACACGCACUGAAAUUCCAACUUUCAGAAUUUAAACUACAGAAUAAAUUUUGCCAACCUGGAAUGCUAUUUGGGUAUUCUCAGUAGGUAGAGUGAACAUCAAAAUUAUAUUUGUUCCCCUAAAAGCUAGGUGAUUGAAGUGAACUACCCUAUUAUUAAACCCUAUUGUUUCACCAUUGUUAUGCUUAAGAGGCAAUAUGUAUGUGGAAAUAGAUAUAUACAUGGAAAUAAUUUUUUCAUUCCAAUUAUAGUUUGAAAGCCAACAGUAUCAGACCUGUCUGGGUUAGCCUAUCCUCUUGGCAGAAUUUUCCUAUCUAAAAAGUAGUAUUUACCAGUUUAGAGAGCCCAUGUUAUAGGCUGGUAAAAAAAGAUUCCAUACAAAUGACUAUAAAAUUGUUCUGCACGAUUAGGUAAGAUAAGGUGAGGCACAUCGUGCUCUUGGGAAGAAAAACAGAUUCUUACUUAAAGGAUAUUGUUACUGAGUGCUGGGUGGAUUUAGGAUGCUCUUUGUGGGGAGAAAAGAAACAAACUUAGUUCCCAGCCUUUUCAAUCCAAGUUGAAAAGAACUGUAAAUACAAAGUAAAAGGGGACUUUAUGGAUAAGUCAAAUUAAGAUGUCAUUAUUUGAAAUAACUUAUAAAUUCGAGAAACAAUUAAGGUAGAACCGCUCAAAGUUUAGUUUCAUCAUAAUUGACUUAAAGAGCAAGAAUCACAGUUAAAAUAACUCUGGAUCUGCUCUAUCAUUAUGAAACGGCUUUCCUAAAAGUUUCAGCUUUAUUACCCCUGAUUAAUGUGAUCACUGUUCUUAUAUUGUUAAAUGGUGGCAAUUGUAUAAAUAUUAAAACAGAUUAUUCUGUUCUGUCUUGAAAGUUCUGUACCACACUGACCUCAACCUUGUUUACAACAGUAAUGGUAGAUUUUUAUUCAUAAUCUCUAUACUCUAAGGCAGUGUUUUUUAAAUUGUCAGUCAUGAAGAAACUGGACCCUCUCCCCAGAAAAAUACACAGACACAUAAAAUUUUGCAUAGAUUUUAAGGGGGUCUAACAGUGUCAUAUUUUUUUAAAAAACUCACUUCUAAAAGAAGUCCAGAAAACAAACUAAAAUUGAAAAUAAUAUACUACACCUUAAGCCACAAAUUCUGCCUCAUCUCCCAACUUUUUAAAAAUCUUGUUAAAGAUAGUCACAAACCCCAUCAACAGCUAUUUUAUUUUAAAAAUAAUUUUAAAAACACUUCGGCAGCUUUCAGACUCAAAUUGUUAAUGUUGCCAGAAGGAAGAGCUUGGGUAAAAAGGUAAAGUCUAUAAUUUAUUGAAGUAUCUAUUUUAUAGAAACCCUUCUUGCAGUCAGAAAAGCUGGUAGAGACCAAAGUUGUUUCCACUGCUAGAGUGAUAACUUGAGAAUCUUUAAUAAUCUGUGACAAUCCACGGUUUCCAGUUUCAUUUUGACUUAUAAAUUAUAUCCAUCCUCUGUAUGCAUAAACCCUGACCAAAUAUGAUAAAACCUGAAAAACUGAUUACGUAAGGGAAUAGUAUUAAAAAUUUGAUUUCCUUUGCA